CUCCAAUUUUUGUUUCGUUUUUUUUUCCAAACAGCUAACAACAAUGGCGGAAACCUACCACUUCCAGGCUGAGAUUGCUCAGCUUAUGUCCCUUAUUGUCAACGCGUUCUACUCGAACAAGGAGAUCUACCUUCGUGAGCUCAUCUCGAACGCCUCGGAUGCCCUCGACAAGAUCCGCUACCAGUCGCUCACUGACGCGUCCAAGCUUGAGAGCCAGAAGGAGCUCAAGAUUGAGCUCAUCCCCGACAAGGAGAAGAAGACGCUCACCAUCCGCGACACUGGUAUCGGCAUGACCAAGGCCGACCUCGUCAACAACCUCGGCACGAUCGCUCGCUCGGGCACCAAGCAGUUCAUGGAGGCGCUUGAGGCUGGCGCUGACAUUAGCAUGAUUGGCCAGUUUGGUGUCGGUUUCUACUCUGCCUACCUUGUUGCCGACAAGGUGACCGUUAUUACCAAGCACAACGACGACGAGCAGUACAUCUGGGAGUCCACUGCUGGUGGCUCGUUCACCAUUGCCGUCGACACUGACGGCCCCCGUCUUGGCCGCGGCUCUGCCAUGAUUCUCCACCUCAAGGAGGACCAGCUCGAGAACCUCGAGGAGAAGCGCAUCAAGGACAUUGUCAAGAAGCACUCGCAGUUCAUUGGCUACCCCAUCUACCUGCACGUCCAGAAGGAGGUUGAGAAGGAGAUUGAGGACGACGAGUCUGCCGAGAAGAAGGACGACGAGGCCGCCGUUGAGGAGGUCGAGGACGAGGAGAAGGACGGCAAGAAGGCCGAGAAGAAGAAGGUCAAGGAGUCUGUCCUCGAGCUCGAGGAGCUCAACAAGACCAAGCCGAUCUGGACUCGCAACCCCGACGACAUCACCAAGGACGAGUACGCUGCCUUCUACAAGCAGCUCACCAACGACUGGGAGGAGCACCUCGCUGUCAAGCACUUCUCGGUUGAGGGUCAGCUCGAGUUCAAGGCACUGCUCUUUGUUCCCAAGCGCGCGCCCUUCGACAUGUUUGAGAACAAGAAGAAGCCCAACAACAUCAAGCUCUACGUCCGCCGCGUCUUCAUCAUGGACAACUGCGAGGACCUCAUUCCCGAGUACCUCAACUUUGUCAAGGGUGUUGUCGACUCUGAGGACUUGCCCCUGAACAUUUCUCGCGAGACCCUCCAGCAGUCCAAGAUCCUCAAGGUUAUCAAGAAGAACAUUAUCAAGAAGUGCCUCGAGCUCUUCACCGAGAUUGCCGAGGACAAGGAGGACUACAAGAAGUUCUACGAGAACUUUGGCAAGAACCUCAAGCUUGGCAUCCACGAAGAUUCCCAAAACCGCGCCAAGCUCGCCGAGCUCCUCCGCUACUUCUCGUCCAAGUCUGGCGACGACUUCACCUCCCUCAAGGAGUACACUGAGCGCAUGCCCGAGAAGCAGAAGGUCAUCUACUACAUUACCGGCGAGUCCAAGAGCGUUGUCGCCAACUCGCCCUUCGUCGAGCGCGUCAAGGCCAAGGGCUACGAGGUCCUCUACAUGAUUGACCCCAUUGACGAGUACGCCGUCCAACAACUCAAGGAGUACGAGGGCAAGAAGCUCGUCUCUGUCACCAAGGAGGGCCUUGAGCUCGACGAGGACGACGACGAGAAGAAGCGCAUCGAGGACCAGAAGGUCGAGUUUGAGUCGCUCUGCAAGGCCAUCAAGGACAUUCUUGGCGACCGCGUCGAGAAGGUCACCGUGUCCAACCGCAUUGUUGCCUCGCCCUGCGUGCUCGUUACCGGCCAGUUUGGCUGGACUGCCAACAUGGAGCGCAUCAUGAAGGCUCAGGCCCUCCGUGACUCGUCCAUGGCCUCGUACAUGGCUUCCAAGAAGACCAUGGAGAUCAACCCCGACAACUCGAUCAUCAAGAACCUCAAGAUCAAGGCUAACGAGGACAAGAACGACAAGACCCUCAAGGACCUUGUCGUCCUCCUCUACGAGACCUCCCUCCUCGCCUCUGGCUUCUCCCUCGACGACCCCGCCUCGUUCUCGACCCGCAUCCACCGCAUGAUCAAGCUUGGCCUGAACAUUGACGAGGACGACUCGUCGGCUGCCGCCCCCGUCGACGACGUUCCCCCGCUCGCCUCGGACGCUGGUGAGAGCAAGAUGGAGGAGGUCGACUAAAGCGUUGUCGUUCCCCCCUGCCGGUUCCCCCCGCCCCCAUUUUGUAUCUUGAUCAAUCAAAGAGAAGGGUGGCAGUUUUGAUCAAUUCGGGCGUUUUGCUGCAAGCAUUUUAAGUUGUUGUCUGAAGUCCGCUUUGUUUUUGAUUUGUCGUCCUUUUCGUAUUUCUCCCAAUUUGAUAUCAUGUAGUUUCGUUUCCA